UAUAUAAACUUCUGACGAAGAAAUGGGAGAACAUGUUUUUGCGCGGGUUGAGUCACCGCGUGUCUCAACCCGCGCUCGAACUGACGAAAAAAAAAGAACUAUUAAGAUCGCAAACAAAAAAAAAGAUACCGCUAACGCGCGUCCCUUCCUAUAUUUUUAAUGAUCUUUUUUUAACAACGUUUCGAACGCAACAGCCUUGGAAAUCUUUUUUGUUAUUUCUUGUGCGCGUUUGCGUCAGAAAAUCAAGAGGCAAUUUAGCGCCAAGUUCUAAAACAAUGGUUUUUGCAACAUUGUUGUGAAAAAAAAAAGUAUGCGGAAUAUACGAAUGAAAUCAUCGACGCGUGAUUCACGACCUGCUCGCAUCGGUGAGUUCUGAUUAUUGACCUUCAUCGCUCAUUUGUCAUAUGCGAGACGGUGGCCUUGCUCGUCGUUCUCGGCGAAACGCUAUUUACGAUCCGGGAAUACCAACCGGGUUGCGCGAUUACCGUUGCGCACGUGCGGAUUUAUUACACACAUGCACGUACGUACGUACAAUAUAUACGUACGUAAUUAUAAUCGGAAGCAAUUUGUUCCGAUCUUUUUUUUUCUUUUACGCUGUGCCAGAUAUUUUGCACAUGAUAACUCGAUAUGCCGUAGACAAGAACCACCGCGUGAAAGGUCAUGCAUUAUAUUUCAUCCGGUAGGAUGUGCGCGAGCUAAUAUGCUUCUCUCUCAAAAGUUAUACGACAAACGGAAACGAUUGACCGCGUCGCAGAGCGUUGAAUACGUUUAUGCGUAUGAUGGAUAUACAUAUAUAUAAGUGUGUAAGCCGGUUUUUCCGCGUUUAUUUUGCAUAUUGGUUUCGUAGUUUACGCGAACGCUUAGAAACUCGCUCGCUCUGUUCUCUUGCAAUCGAUCUGAAAUGAACGUUUUGUUGUUCGCGCUCUCAUCGUGCCAGCUGCUGCAGCAUGCGCUCGUUUUUGCCCAAGUCACAUUUGACACCACCAUGGCAGCAACCACCAGAGCGGCCGGACAAUGUCAGUGUUAUCCCGGAGGCACCUGUCCAUCGGGUACUGGCGGCAUCGACGUCAGAAUUGUGAAUCAAGGAACGCUUUCGUGCCCAAGCGGAUACGUGUUGUGUUGCAACACAGGUGGCGGCAUAAACGACGCUUCCUGCGGCGUUCGAAAAAUCGCACCCUCUCCGCACCCGGUGGGUCAAGCAGCUUAUGGCGCGUAUCCUUGGCAAGUGGCUCUUUUGACUUCCAACAACGGUUACAUCGGAGGUGGAGUGCUCAUCACUCCGACGCACGUUCUUACUGUUGCUCAUAAAGUAUAUAAUGUAACCGCAAUCAAAGCGAGACUGGGCGCCUGGGAUCUUCAAUCCACCACCGAGGGACAUGUAGACAUUGCUGUCUCAAGAAUUACUGUGCACCCUGACUUCAACAAGCCGGUUUAUCUCGCAAAUGAUAUAGCGGUGCUUAAACUAAGUUCGGCCGCUCCGAUCGCAACUAACAACAACGUCAACACGGUGUGCGUACCGUCAAGCGCGAUCGCAGCUGGAACAAAAUGUGAGGUGGCCGGUUGGGGAAAAGAUGCGUUUGCAACUGGACAGUAUCAAAAUAUUCUGAAACAGGUGGACGUAUCUGUGGUGAGUCUAGCGGAUUGCCAAACGGCACUUCGCAAGACGAGACUCUCCGGUUUCUUCAAUCUGGACAGUAGUUUUAUGUGCGCCGGCGGAGAAGCGGGCAAAGACGCGUGCACCGGCGACGGAGGAUCGGCACUAGUGUGUUCAGUAAACGGUGGAGCGUACCAAGCUGUUGGUCUGGUAGCAUGGGGUAUCGGUUGCGCGGAUAGCGGCGUACCUGGUGUAUAUGUCGACGUAUCCCGUUUCUUUCCUUGGAUCACGCAACAACUGACGUAACACAAAGACGUUCACAAAGAAAAGGAAAUUAAAAACCAAGUAUUUUAAUUACUUUCUUUUUUCGUUCUUUCUCUUCUCUUCAUACAUGCGACUUCUUUUUUAUAUGUGACAUGUAGAAAUUGAUAGAAAUCUGCCACCGUAAGUGUCAGGAAGUAAUGUUUUAAUUUUUAUGAGUUUAUUAUAAAAAAUAAAAAAAUAUCACGAACAAAAAAUACAAAAAGAAAUAAAAGAGAGAUGAUUGUAUUGUUAACUUAAUAUUGUUUUAUUGUAAAUCCGUGUUGAGAAAUGCCUGCGUAUAAAGUAAGAAAAUUUUUGAGACUAAUAUUACAGGAAAAAUCAAACAUCAACAUGUUUCUAACAACAUUGUCCAUAAUACAAGUAUUUAUGUGUACAAUAUUUAACACACAUAAGCAAAAACAAUUCGAGGUUUGUCAUUUUUUGUUUUUUUUUCGUUAUUAACUAAAAGAAAUACAGUAAAAAUAUACAGACUUAAUAUUUGAGAAUUUAGGAAAGCGUGUUUAUAAUAUAGAUACAAGAGAUUUGGUACUCUUCACUUACAAAUUUAUCCUUAUUUGCUAUGAGAUUUAAACAAAUUAUUAAACUUAAAUUACAAUUUUCUAUAUAUUUUGUAUGAUGAUAUUAUAAUAUACUAUAUACGUGUAUAUUAUGCAUUAAAUUAAUUGCAAAGGUAACGAAACCUUUCGCAAUUCUUCAAAAGAAUCUAAGUAUUAAAUUACAUAUAUAAAUUUAUG